AUUCACAAAGUCUCUCAUCCGCUGCCGACGAAACCAUGUCCGAUACCGACGAGACCAUGUCCGUGUUUGACAAAUAUGUGUCCGAUAAUUCGCUGUCCUCCGCCGAAACCAUUGAUCCGAUCGAAAAAUACCUAAAUGCUGACGCAUGCAUCUUUUGGGACAUGGGGAGUUACCCAAUCCCUAAUGGUGUGGAUCCUUGUUUAGUACUAGAGAAAAUCAAAUCAGAGCUCGCGGAUAUAGGUUGUCGUGUGGAUGUGUCAAUCCACGCUUACGGUAAUAAGGAUACAGUCUCGGAUAGUGAAUUACUAUCUAAAUUUUCAGCUGCCGAAAUCAAAAUCGAUCUCUUACCCGAAGGAGAUAAAGACGCCGGAAUUUAUUCCAUGUUAGUGGACAUGUUCCAAUGGGCACUGAAAAGUUCUUCAACAAGAAAUUUGAUUGUACUCUCAAAAAACAUGGAUAAUCCAGACGUGCUGAAACAUUUUGCCUCUUUGUGGAGGUGGCAAUGUGGUCUUAUAUUAUCACCAACAUGGUCAACAGAGUACAUCUCAUCAUCUGCAGCGCCUAAUAUUUUUCUCGAUAACUCGGCUGAAACCAUGUCCAGAUUAUUCCCCAUUCCCACCACCGCUCGUGAAAUGUGUCGUAAGACACUUCUCUUCUGGGUCAUUGAGGAUGAAAAUUUGCCUGCAGUUAGCGAGUUUUGGUCGAAACAUGACGAAAUCACUUUAGCUCUCUACAAAGAGGGUUACCGUGGGAGGAAGACAAUCAAGGGUUACGUUGUUAAUCCGAAAUUGCCAAAAGAAUAUUUUAGGGAUGCUUAUGGGGAUCACGGUAUCACAAUCUAUUUGAAUCCAGAAGCAGGUGAUGAAAGUAUAAGAUAUAACAGGAUGUUACUACACCUUCUUUAUUGGGCACACAUGAUGGAAUCCGAAAGUAAUUUGGUGGUACUCUCAAAAAACCAAAACUUUGGACAAGGCACCAAGUUCGACCGUGUACGUGAGACUUUGGAAGAGUUAAGUAUCAAAGUUGCCGUAUUAAAUCUUGAUAAAGUCAAAGAUUCUCCUCGAUCAAGACCGAAGUGAAGGCCUUAUUUGCUCUUAUGAUGGGACUAAUGUUAAUUUCAAUGCUUUUAUGAUGGGAGUAAAAAUAUUAUUAGGAC